CGUUUCUCUCUAACCUCGCGAAAAAUAUCCAAAGUGUGAAGUGCCGAUUUGGAUUCUCAAGUGAAAUUCGGUGGUGAAAUCCGUGAAAUUCGCAUUAAAUCGAGCUAAAUCAGACAGAUACUUGUAAUAUUGGCCACCGCCACACGUGACACAUGGACAAACCCGUGGUGCUGGUCGUGUCGGCAGACGCGUCCGUCAAGCCGGAAGAUGUGAUUGGCCGCGUGCGGAAGGCUCCGGCGACGGAGGGCACGGUUGUGCUUGCGGACGGACUCGCCGGCCACUGCUAUCACAUCCGGACCAAGUACUACGAAACCGAUGUGGUGUUUUGUGGCUGGCCGGGCGGGAAAGAGCUCGGCGAAGUGCCGGAGGCCAUUCUGAAACAGCUGGAAGGGGUUUUGAUCUAUUUUGACGCUCGCGAUCGGGAUUUUUUGAAGCGACUGCCGGAGUACGCGGCUUUUGUUACGGAGGCGGAUAUUGAGUUUGGGAUUUUGCUGUGCGCGGAGUUGCAGGAGGAGGCGGACCAGGGAAUUACGUAUCGGGAGGCGAAGAAGUUCUGCAACGUGCUGGACGUGAUCGAGCUGGAUCCGACGGGUGGCGGGGAGACGGUGGGGGAAGAGGAGGAUGGCGAGGCGGCUGGGGUGGACGAACUGAUUCAAGCGUUGCAAAACUUUAUCUGGUCCAACGUGGACAUGCACCGGAAGACGGGAGGAGCUGGUGGUGGGGGCGGCGCUGAAGCAGGGAAGGAGGACGAAACUACGGAAGGAGCGGGCGAGGAAGAUCCGGAGGACGAACGGCGGAUCGAGGAAGAGCUGAUGGGAUUCGAGAAGUUGCUCACCCAGGUCAUGCAGUUCCGGCCGAAUACGAGCUCGUGGACGAGAAACGAGCGGUUGGCGUACGCGCAGGAGUUUGCGGAGUUCUUUGACGAGCUGAUAGGGGAAGAGGAUUAAGGGGGGUGGGAGGGGCGAAACGUAACGUUGGCAUUCCGGGGAGCAGAGAGGGAGAGCAUGUGUAGUGUUUGUGGUCCUGCGGAUAACCAUAUUUGAUGUUAUUUAUUUACGAUAUACUUUUUUUACAUUGAUAACAUGAAGAUACUUAGAGUGUAACAUUAUAUCGAAAACAUAUUUAACGAUUGAUUUGCGUGUUGAUUUAAGAAUCUACCAUUGUAACUCAUUUUUAUAGAUGACUAUUAAAGUAUUAUAACAUAGCGAAA